AGCCAAGCGAUCACGUGACUUUGUAUAUCACCUGACUGUGAGGGUUCUCCUCGCUGUUCCCGGAGCUAAAUUAUAGGAUACUCAUUACGAAUUUGUGUCACUUGUUUUUACGUUUCCUUGUGCGUUAAGGUUAAAACGCAUUUUAAAUACAGCUAGUUUUUGUUUAUGCGGGUGAAGGAAAUCUGCUAGUUUUGUUAGCUAGUUAGCCACUAGCUAACUACCUUUGGUAUGUCGCUAUUCUCCACCCUUUAGAAAUUUAAUGGGACUUAUCUAAAUUCAUUAUUUCGUUUUGAAAGACGUGAGUUAAUUAUGUCUUCAAUUCUCGAUGAGUAUGAGGACUCUCAGAACCUGAGACAAGGUUCUCAGCCGCACACCCGGCUAUCUCCUGCUAACAUCGGCCUAACGCAUUCAGGCUUCGUGAAUGUUAGACUCGAAGAAGAGAAGCCAAUAUUUACCAAACAGAGGAUCGAUUUUGCUCCACCUGAGAAGAUAAACCAUUUGGCAGUCUGCAGCAACCAGCUGUGCAUGAGUCUGGGAAAGGACACUUUGUUAAGGCAUGAUUUGGCCAAACCAGAUCAGCCUAAUCAGAUUGAACUAGGAAGGAAAGAUGACAGCAAAGUUCACAGGUUGUUCUUGGAUCCAACAGGCUUUCAUCUACUGAUCAGCCUGAGCACCAGCGAGUGUCUGUACCUCAACAGGAACACCCAGAAGGUUCGCAGUCUGUCCCGAUGGAGAGGCCACCUCAUCGAGAGUGUGGGCUGGAACAAGCUGCUGGGCAAUGAGACCAGCACAGGACCCAUCCUGGUUGGCACCAGUCAGGGCAUCAUCUUUGAGGCUGAGAUCUCCGUAAUCGAGGGAAGUCUGUUCAACACCAAUCCGGACCAGUACUUUAGACAGGUUCACUCCUUGGAGGAGGAUGGCAGACCUGCACCAGUCUGCUGCUUGGAGGUCGAGCGAGGUCCAGAAAACAAAUAUUUCAUCAUAGCAACCACCCGCAAACGGCUGUUUCAGUUUGUGGGUAAAGUAGCUGAAGGGUCCGAGCAGCAAGGCUUUAGCUCCAUCUUCAACCAGAACCAGGACCUGCUUCCCAGUUUUCAGGAGUUCCCUGCCAAUAUGGGGUACAGCGAGAUCACGUUCUACACAGCGAAGCUGCGGAGCGUCCCCAGUGCAUUCGCCUGGAUGAUGGGAAACGGGGUUCUGUAUGGUCAGCUGGACUACAUCAGGCCUGAUUCCCUUCUGAGUGACGUUCAGGUUUGGGAGUACACUCCGGACAUCGACAUUAUUCACGACAAACCCCAUUCCAUCGUGCUGACGCAGUUUCACUUCCUGCUCCUGCUCCGUGACCGAGUUAAGGCCAUCUGCACACUGAAUGGACAGGUGGUGUACGAGGACGUGUUCCCAGACAAAUUUGGCUCCCUCAAACGGAUGAUCAAAGAUCCCGUGGGUGGGUUGGUGUGGAUCUACACAGAACGGGCUGUUUUCCGCUAUCACAUCCAGCGCGAGGCCAGGGAUGUGUGGCAGAUGUACAUGAGCAUGAAUAAGUUCGAUCUGGCCAAAGAGUACUGCCGUGACCGGCCCGAGUGCACGGACAUGGUGCUGGCUAGAGAGGCUGAGCACUGCUUCCAGAACAAGCGCUACCUGGAGAGUGCCAAGUGCUACGCGCUGACGCAGAACUACUUUGAAGAGAUCGCGCUGAAGUUUAUCGAAGCCAAGCAGGAGGAGGCCUUGAAGGAGUUUUUACUGAAGAAACUGGACAACCUGAAACCCACUGAGAGAACGCAGAUCACCUUGCUGGUCACCUGGUUGGUCGAACUCUACCUGAACGGCCUCGGGCAGCUGGAGAGCGACGGAAACACCGUCAUCUUCCAGGAAACGCGAGAGGAGUUCCGCAACUUCCUGAGCAGCUCCAAACACAGGGACUGCCUGUACAACAACCGUAGCACCACCUACGACCUGCUGGCCAGCCACGGCAACGUGGACGACAUGGUUUACUUCUCCGUCAUCAUGCAGGACUACGAGAGAGUGAUAUCUCACUACUGCCAGAAUGACAACUUCACCGCAGCUCUGGACGUGCUUGCCAAGCACUGUGAUGAAAAGCUGUUUUACAAGUUCUCCCCCGUGCUCAUGCAGAAUAUUCCCAAAAGCGUUGUGGACGCGUGGAUAAGGAUGGGCAAGAGGCUGGAUCCAAAGAAGCUCAUCCCGGCGCUGAUGAACUAUAGCCAGAUGGGAAACACCCAGCAGAUCAACGAAACCAUCCGUUACAUGGAGUUCUGCGUGUACGAGCUGAACGUGACGGAGGAGGCCAUUCAUAACUACCUGCUGUCGCUUUAUGCCAAGUACAAGCCAGACUCUUUGUUGUGGUACCUGGAACAGGCGGGCACACACCCCUCGGAGAUCCACUAUGACCUGAAGUAUGCCCUCAGGCUGUGUGCAGAGCACGGCUACCUCCAGGCAUGCGUUCUGGUGUACAGGAUCAUGGAGCUGUAUGAGGAGGCAGUGGAUCUAGCUUUACAAGUGGACGUAGACUUGGCCAAGAGAUGCGCUGACCUGCCCGAGGACGACGAGGAGGUGAGGAAAAAACUUUGGCUGAAGAUCGCCAGGCAUGUGGUGCAGGAGGAGAAAGAUGUGAAGAAAGCCAUGAACUGUCUGUCCAGCUGCAACCUGCUCAAGAUCGAAGACAUCCUGCCUUUCUUUCCCGACUUUGUCACCAUUGACCACUUUAAGGAGGCCAUUUGCAGUUCCCUGGAGGAGUACAACAAGCACAUCGACGAUCUGAAACAGGAAAUGGAGGAGGCCACAGAGAGCGCUAAAAGAAUCAGAGAAGACAUCCAGGAAAUGAGGAACAAGUAUGGUGUUGUGGAUUCCCAAGAAAAGUGUGCUUCGUGUGACUUCCCAUUGCUCAACAGAUCCUUUUAUUUGUUUCUGUGUGGACACGCGUUUCACUAUGACUGCCUGUUCCAGGAAGUGACGCCUCAUUUAUCAGCCUUCAAGCAGAAUCGCCUUGAAGAGCUUCAGAAAAAGCUGGCUGCAACAGCGCAGUCCACUAAAUCUCGCCACCGCCCUGCGCUAAAGGAAGAAGGAGACACUUCCAGCCUGGGGAAGGGCUCUAUGGGAGCAAGUCGUGAGCAAAUAAUAUCGGACAUCGAUGACAUUGUUGCGGCUGAGUGCGCUUACUGCGGCGAACUAAUGAUCAAGUCCAUCGACAAGCCAUUCAUUGAUCCGCAGAAGUUUGAACAAGAAAAAUCCAGCUGGCUGUGAUCAGAGUGGGGUCAGAGGAAAGUGCAUCAGUCAUGUGACCAACCCAUUCAGUGGAAACAGUCACAUGAUGGCCUGUUGGAAGUGCCUAUUUCUGAAUCCUGCUCAUUUUGCUGUUGGUUUUUGAAGCUGAUGAAAUGAAUUUGCACUUUGAGUGGAAGUAUUUACAAUGAACAGCACACUUGGUAAAUGAAUUUGAUGCAGAGAACUGGUCCAAUUCAGUGUGAAAAUGUCAAAUAUUUCCAGAACUAUAAUGCAUCCAUGUGCUUGAAUGUCUGAUGAUUCUGUAAAUGUAACUACACUAAACCUGUUAUUUAACAGCAUCAGCUUGGGUAGCUUUACUGCCACCUUGAUAACAUAACAUGCACAUGUAUGCUCUUUGCUGAGUUUGGUAUGUACUUAUUUAACAGUUCAAGUAAAACAAUUGCAGUUUUUUCCACAAUAAAGACAUUUUGC